AUUGGGUUCAAGAUAAAAAACAAACUUGGACUUUAGCUGCAUUAUCAUCUGCAUUUACCAAAAUGUUAUAUAAUAUUUGGAUUAACUCUCUAUUUACAACUAAUGCUAGUGAAUCUGCACAUGCAACAAUUAAUACAACAGGCCAAAAUCUUUCAUUAUCUUCAUUACAACGUAAUUCAGUUAAACGAAACCCUCGUUAUAGUAAGGAAGCUGAUUUUAAAGAAAGCUCUCAUGAACAGGAACAACUAUUGAAUAAAUUAACAAUGCAAAAAAAUUUGAAUGAUAAACUUGAAAGAGAAAUUAGACUUCGUCAGCAACUUCAAUUAUUAUACAAUCCCGAAACUAAUAAUUAA